AUGUCCAUCCACGCAGCAGCUGACCUCUCGGACGCUGCGUUAGGCGGUCCAAUUCGUAUCAAGGACGAGUACUUUAUCGACAACUACAACCGCGUCCUCUCCCUCCGCGGUCUAAACAUCUCGGGUGCUUCUAAAUUACCCACUGAGCCCAACGGCCUGUCUCACCUGGACCAUGGCUUCUAUGAGAACCAUCGCAUCGUCACUUUUGUGGGUAGGCCUUUUCCAUUGGAAGAUGCGCCGCUGCACUUUCGGCGUCUGCAGGCUUGGGGUGCGCCCUUUGUGAGAUUGCUUGUUACCUGGGAGUCAAUUGGUCAUGCUGGGCCAGAACCUGAGGACCUGGAUACAGAGUAUAUCGACUACCUGCGCCAAUUGAUUGAGCUCAUGCCGGAGUAUGGUAUUAAGUGCUUUGUCUGUGCGCACCAAGAUGUUUGGAGUCGGUAUAGUGGUGGAAGUGGUGCGCCUGGCUGGACAUUUGAAGUUGUAGGUCUCGAUAUCGAGGCCUUCACCGACACCGGCGCUGCGUAUGUCCACAGUCAGGAUGAGAAGAAACGUGCGAGUGAACCACCAAAUCCAAGAGAGCCAGGUGGUCCAUUCCUGUGGCCUUCGGGUUACCAGAAGCUCGCUGCGUCGACAAUGGCUACUCUCUUUUGGGCUGGUGAUGCUUUAGCUCCCAAUCUCAAAUGUCGUCGCAAAAAGGACGCUGGUGAUGAGGUAUCAGCACAACAAUUCCUUCAAGACGCCUGCGUUGAAGCCUUCGGUCGCCUCGCAGACGAAGUCAGUCAUCUCGAAGCAUGCAUUGGCUUUGAACCUAUGAACGAACCCCAUCGCGGCCUGGUCAACCUUCAUCAUUUCCACUUCUGGAACUACGACACCGACUUACACAUCGGCCACUGCCCAUCCCUCGCACAGGCUCUCGCCCUUGGAAGUGGCUAUGCCCAAGAUGUCGAUUACUACGUCAAAACAUGGCCAUUCCCAACUCGUGUAUCCCACAAGUCUCGUAUUGACCCCAAGGGUCGCUCUGCAUGGCUGUCCCUCAAUGAUCAGCCUAUCGGCCACGGUCGGGGAAUGGGUGAAUGCCUGUGGCGCGCCCAUGGCGUCUGGGAGUGGGACGAAAAGAAGAAGACAGCGCGCAUUCGCGACGAUGACUACUUUGAAGUUGAUCAUCGGCCGGGUCGUGAGGGAAUGCCUAUUAAGUGGUACAAUGACUGCUAUGCGCCUUUUCUGCAAAAGUUCACGGAGCGUGUGUCGCGCAAGAAGGCGAGGCAGUUUAGCUUCAUUGAGCCGGUCCCCAAUGAGUUCAUCCCGCCUUGGCCGACACAGGAUCGUGACAACAAGAAAUGGCUUCAGCGGAAGUAUGCCGAGAAGGAAGUGAUCAAGGUUCCACGCCCGACGAACUUUGUGUACGCGCCUCAUUUGUUACGGAUCUUAACCGUCCUUUUUAACAAGAGUCAUUCGUGGAUGAGCCGUCCAACGUCCAAAGGUCUCACGCGAGGGAUGUUUGUCCUCAACGCGCUCUACUUUUGGUGUCGGGGGACUUCCGACACAAUUACAGAGCGCAGCUUGGCAACCAUUGUCAAGUACGGAAAGAAAUCGCUGGGUAAAGUCCCCAUGGUCAUUGGUGAGAUUGGCCCUCUCGUACGAUAUCAAAUAAGGCAGAAGCUUUCCGCACAGGCUGCUACGACACGCAACGCCAUUUGA